AUGAAGCAGCCAUGGUUUCAGAAGCGUAAGGAAUACAAUAUUGUGAAGCUUAUGUUUGAAUCAAACCCACCACAGCUUAAGACAGAUAAAUCAGACGAAUCGAAAGAGGAGUCAGUAAGAGAGAUUCUUAAUUCAAUCGAUUUGGAUGCGCCAUUGAGCUUUAAGUAUUGCAAAGCAAAUACCAUUGAAGAUUUUAUUUACAAUCCUUCGAGUUUUAUCAUUGGUCAAUCUUGGUUUAAGAAGCGUCCGGAGUAUCAUAUUCUUCGUCGGAUUAAUGGCCGUGCCCUACCUAAGCGUCAAUGCCGUGAUCCUAAUCACAACUUUUAUACGAUGGAAAGAUGUCAUCUUUGUGAAAAACGAUUGAUUGAGGAUGAAGAGAUUUAUUUAGAACAAGAGGCGCUUUACGAAGCUGAGUCAGGUAGAAAGCUAGAUGAUGAAAUUACCAGGAGUUUGGGUUUGUCAUUGUAUUUUCUUCUACCGUAUUAUACCAAAGCCAAAAUGAAUGUAAUGCGCAAGGGUUUCCCUAAGCAUAAAGCAUAUUUCAAAUCUCAUAUCGCUCAAGAACUAAUCGCAGUCACUAUGCAUCCAAACCGCAUCCAAGAUCAAAUGAAUCAGUUCGAUGAUAUUGAGCAAUACUUCACAGGUAUGGGAUACUAA